CUUGGGCCUCCUUGCGGCCGGGCCCUCCCCUCCCGGCCCGGGUUCCCUCCCCCUGCUGCAGCCCAGCUUCCCUUCCCCCAGGUCCCAGCAGCGGCCGCGGCCGUGGCGGCGGCGGCGGCGGCGGCGGCGGCGGCGGCGGCGGCGGCUCUGAGCCCAAGCGCUUUCCUUAGACUUGCAGCGAUGCACGGAUUGCAUGGGUUGGGGGGCGGGGUGGGGGAAUGAAUGCUGGUGCAUGCACUUUGUGCAGCGUUAGGUGCAGGGGUGAUGCAGUGGGCGCGUGCCUUUUGCGGCGGGGUUUCGAGCAUUCAUCUGGUGCAUGCAUUUUCGCAUGCAUUUCUUGUAUCCUCGUCAUGCAUUUCUCCCCAUGCACACACAUUAUCCCCUUUGCACCCGCAGGGACGCAUGGAAUACCUCGUGAAAUGGAAAGGAUGGUCGCAGAAGUACAGCACAUGGGAACCGGAGGAAAACAUCCUGGAUGCCCGCUUGCUUGCGGCCUUUGAGGAAAGGGAAAGAGAGAUGGAGCUCUAUGGCCCCAAAAAGCGAGGACCCAAGCCCAAAACCUUCCUCCUCAAGGCCCAGGCCAAGGCAAAGGCCAAAACUUACGAGUUCCGAAGUGACUCAGCCAGGGGUAUCCGUAUCCCCUACCCCGGCCGCUCGCCCCAGGACCUGGCCUCCACUUCACGUGCCCGAGAGGGCCUUCGGAACAUGGGUUUGUCCCCGCCAGCCAGCAGCACGAGCACCAGCAGCACCUGCCGCACAGAGCCCCCUCGGGACCGGGACCGGGACCGGGAUAGGGACCGGGAGCGGGAGCGGGAACGUGAGAGGGAACGGGAGCGGGGCGCCAGCCGAGUGGAUGACAAGCCCAGCUCGCCAGGGGACAGCUCCAAGAAAAGAGGCCCCAAGCCCCGGAAGGAGCUCCCGGACCCCUCACAGAGGCCAUUGGGCGAACCCAGCGCAGGCCUCGGAGAGUACCUCAAGGGCAGGAAGACGGACGACGCCCCUUCCGGGGCAGGAAAGUUCCCAGCCGGCCACAGCGUGAUCCAGCUGGCCCGAAGGCGGGACUCGGACCUGGUGCAGUGUGGUGUGACCAGCCCUAGCUCAGCCGAGGCCACGGGAAAGCUGGCUGUGGACACCUUCCCGGCCAGGGUGAUAAAGCACAGGGCUGCCUUCCUGGAGACCAAAGGCCAGGGUGCCCUGGAUCCCAGUGGUGCCCGGGUCCGACACGGCUCAGGCCCCCCCAGCUCUGUGGGGGGCCUGUACCGGGACAUGGGGGCUCAGGGGGGAAGGCCCUCCCUCAUCGCCAGGAUCCCUGUGGCCAGAAUCCUGGGGGACCCGGAGGAAGAGUCCUGGAGCCCCUCCCUGACUAACCUGGAGAAGGUGGUGGUCACGGAUGUGACCUCAAACUUUUUGACCGUCACCAUUAAGGAAAGUAACACGGACCAAGGCUUUUUUAAAGAGAAAAGAUGAAUGCCGGGUUGGUGUGCCCCGGACGAGAGCAGGGGAGAGAGUGAGCGUGAGCUUGGCAUAGCGAUUUUUAUUUCUGGGUGGGAUGUGGCCUUUGGCUGGUCCCAUGCCUGACGUCACCCCCACCCCCACCAGCCCCUUUCAUCCCUCCUUCCUCGCCCUCAGUUUUUGUUGGAAAGAUUAUCUCUAGAGUUAUAUUUUCUAUUAGAUGUAAAUAUGUUAUUUAAGAAAAAUAUCUAAAUAUAUAUAUUUCAACUC